AAAAACUCUCCGAUUUAUCUCUCUUUCUUCAUUCUGGUCACACGAUAAUGGCGCCGACGAAGGGUGAGAAGAAACCAGCGGAGAAGAAGCCAUCGACGGCGGAUAAGAAGCCAGCCAAGGCGGAGAAGAAGCUUCCGAAAGAAGGCGUAUCCAGCGGCGGUGUUGAUAAGAAGAAAAAGAAGAUCAAGAAGAGCAGUGAGACUUACAAGAUCUAUCUCUUCAAGGUUUUGAAACAAGUUCAUCCUGAUAUUGGAAUCUCAGGUAAAGCCAUGGGGAUCAUGAAUAGUUUCAUCAACGAUAUUUUUGAAAAACUCGCUCAGGAAUCGUCCCGUCUCGCUCGCUACAACAAGAAGCCAACGAUCACUUCUCGCGAGAUCCAGACGGCGGUCAGGCUUGUGUUACCCGGCGAAUUGGCAAAACACGCUGUUUCUGAAGGUACAAAAGCCGUUACGAAAUUUACGAGUUCUUAGAUCGUAGUCGGAUGUCAAAUGAAAAUAUGCGAUUUGAUCGAUUCCUAUUUGAAUUCUUCAAUGUCGAUUAUUCUUUUUCCGAGAUCGAGAUCUCAUAUUUCUCUGAUAUACAAUUUCCUUUUGACAAACGAAGUUCUUAAAUCCACAUCAUCUGUUUCCUGAUGCUUAAUUUCAAAAUCUAUCGUGAUUUGAUUUGUAAUUAGAUGUGUUUGAAGCUAGGGUUUGGAGGAGAUCCAGAUUUUAAAGUUUUCACAGAUCGAUUCAUGCU